AGUUGAAUUCUAGAACACAAUGUUACCGUGACAACUCUGAUAUCAUUCUGAAGGUAUAAAUUGUGCUGUAGGCACCAAUACCACUUCAAAACAAAUCUGAUUUCGAACAAGACGCAUCUCAAAAUGAAGUGGAUUUUUCUGAACUGCUUUAGGCCGCCAGCGGUACCAAAGGACGCUGGUGAAGCUAUAGAAGCAAAGGAGGAAAGGAAAAAGAAGGACAAAGGAGGAAAAAAGAAAUCCUGGCUAAAGAAGCUUUUCACAAAAAAAGGGAAAGGAAAGAAACAUAAUACACCAAAAACUGAUGUGAGGCCGACAGAAACUCUCACUGAGGAGGAGAAAGUGAAGGAUGUGGCAAUGGUGGUGGAGAGCCAGGCAAUGGUGGUGGAGAGCCAGGCAAUGGUGGUGGAGAGCCAGGCAAUGGUGGUGGAGAGCCAGGCAAUGGUGGUGGAGAGCCAGGCAAUGGUGGAGGAGAGCCAGGCAAUGAUGGUGGAGAGCCAGGCAAUGAUAGUGGAGAGCCAGGCAAUAGUGGUGGAGUGCAAGGCAAUGGUGGAGGAGUGCAAGGCAAUGGUGGAGGAGUGCAAAGCAAUGGAGGAGAAUAGCAAGGCAAUGGAGGAGGAGUGCAAGGCAAUGGUGGAGGGGUGCAAGGCAAUUGUGGAGGAGGAAUGCAAGGCAAUGGUGGAGGAGGAGAGCAAGGCAAUGGUGGAGGAGUGCAAUGCAACGGUGAAGGAGAGCAAGGCAAUGGUGGAGGAGAGCAAAGCAAUGGUGGAGGAGUGCAAGGCAAUGGAGGAGGAGUACAAGGCAAUGGAGGAGGAGUGCAAAGCAAAGGAGGAGGAGUGCAAGGCAAUGGAGGAGGAGUGCAAGGGACUGGUGGAGGAGUGCAAGGCAAUGGUGGAGGAGAGAAAGGCAAUGGUGGAGGAGAGCAAGGCAAUGGUGGAGGAGUGCAAGGCAAUGGUGGAGCACUGCAAGGCAAGGGAGAUGAUGCAAGAUAAGGAGACUGAACAUGGAACAUACUGACUGUCAGUACUACUAAAAUGUAAAUACUUAUAAAUAAAUCAUUAAAAACGAAGAAGAGACAGGUGUUUUCAAUUGAAUGUGAGUAGGUGAUGUUAAAUGUCAGGAAUAUUCCAAAUGUCCAUUACACGUGUUGCCGAUAGGGGGUUUGGGUGAUAAGGGUUGCCUUUAAACUUUAAUAGAAUGAAAAUGCAUUACAUGUAUUUAUGUUGUAUUUCUAAUUACGUUUUUAAGGAAUAACACAUAUAACGGAAUGAAUGUAAGAUACACGUCCAGCGGGGACCCGUCCGGCCGCAGCCAUGUGUUGUUAGGAGUAGGCACAAGCGCCACGGCGUAUUUUAAAAGCAAGCACCAAAAUGUUUAAGAAAAACGUUAGCUUUAUUUUAAAAGAAAAGCAGGCGGAAUUUAAACAAGUACAAACAUGCCCGAAAGCAGCAGAAGAGAAAAUGCCGAGUUUAAACAAGCACAAGCGAAACCAAUUAACAUACAGCACGUCGUUUUAAAAGAAAGCACUUAAACUCAUUACAUUUAACCAACAUGCUUAAAGAAUUAGAAGGGAAAACUUUAGCGGUAUUUACCGGUGUUAGGUUGAAGAAAGCAUUUAAACAGCGAAAUGAGCGAGUCCCAGAGCUCGGCCAUAAUCGGCAGGUCUGUUUGAAAAAAGCGGUCGAAACGGUAGACCGAAGUGGUCAGCCCGUUUCAAAAUGGCGACACCAGAGGAGCGCCUGUUAUUUCAAAUAAACGUUAUGGUUAUAGGGGAUUAAGUAACGAAGCACUUUUCUGCUCAUGUGAAUAAUAAAUUAAAACGCUCUAAGCAUUUCAACAAGAAUCAAGGAAUAACGCGGUUAAUUCUUGAUUAAAUUAGCGAAUGCGCUCUCCUCUCUGGCUCGCUCUCAUGUAGCGCAUGCGCAUAGAGCCACACAGUUCUUUAAAGAGCCGACUCUCUUCCGUUAAUUUAAACAAGAAUUAACAGGGUUAUUCCUUGAUUCUUUUUUUAUUUUAAAUUAACGCUAAAGUUUCUUUAAAACAUUUCGGUGCUUUCUUGUGGCCCAAAGCACAGAAUACCCACACUGCUCUGACUACGCCACUGCCUGGUAAGGGCAGGAGGAACCCCUAACGUUCCUUCUGUAACGUGGCUAAGUUCGAACCCUCCCCACAAACGGACAACAAAGAGGCAUGUAAAAAUAAAAGCCAAUCCACUUUAUUACAAAUAUCUGAA